CUUAGAAAAGAACAGAGAGAUUGGGUUUCUCUAGCUUUUGAUGCUUUUGUGAAUGAAAAAUCCACAUUCUCUCUUUCAUUUUCUUUCAAUAACUGUGGGUGUCUUAUUUAAAAAAAAUUAAAUAUGACGGUAUAAUUUCAUGCUUUCACUAAUUCUACAGAAGAAUUAUGUGACUGGAGUCUGGACAUAAUCCAGCACCAAAAACCUAGAAAGAUGGAAUACUUAUAAUUAACAUUUUAGAUAGAUGGUAACCAUGAUUUAAUCAUAUGAACUACCAAAGACUCGGAAUUAUUAUUUACAUUAACAAUUUAGAUGUAAUUUUAUUGUUUUCACUUUUCAGUUUCAUCCUUUCCAGAACAUGAUAAAUAGGGGUAUCUUAGUCAUUAUGCCCAUUGAUUAAUGAUGUGGCAUGCAUUUAGAGUUUUGGAAGGCUAUUAAAGCUUUGACCAUUAGGUUGUUCCAGGAUAGAUUACAAUAAAUGAAUUUUAGAGUAUGUUUGGGGGUGAUUCUAAAAUGGUCAACUCUUUCAUCUUCGUGCUCAUCGCCCACUUUCCCCUUUCCUCUGCUUCUCUAUCGGAUCCAAUCCGACCCACCAAUCCAAUUCCACGAAAUGGGUAGCGGAGAAAAGGUUUUCAGUUUGAAGGAAGUUGCUGAGCACAACAAUCAUAAGGACUGUUGGCUCAUUAUCAGUGGCAAGGUAUAUGAUGUGACCAAGUUCUUAGAAGACCAUCCUGGUGGUGACGAUGUUAUGUUAUCAGCUACAGGAAAAGACGCAAUCGAUGACUUUGAAGAUGUCAGUGACAAUGCAAGAGAAAUGAUGGAUCAAUACUAUGUUGGGGAGAUUGAUGCUUCAACAAUUCCAAAGAAGGUCGCAUAUACACCUCCAAAACAGCCUCAUUACAAUCAGGACAAGACAUACGAGUUCAUCAUCAAGCUUCUUCAAUUCCUCGUGCCACUUGCAAUUUUGGCAUUGGCUGUCGCCAUACGUUUCUACACCAAACAAGCUUGAGCUCUUGAGGUAACCUUAGAGACUUUUAGAUUUGUUAGAUUGUUGUUAGUCAUCAAUUUUUAUGCUGUUUCUAAUGUUCAGAUUGUUCAGCAAUGUCGUUUCUUGGUUAUAAAACACAGAGACAGACGGUGGUUUUCAUUUCCAACUUCCUCUAGAUUUGUUAUAUUUAAUGUACCGUACUUUUUAAUUUUCAAAAUAAAGAUGGUGGAGAAACUAAAAUAGUCAAAAUCACUUUUGUCAUUUUCAAAAUCAUUAUAAAACAUAUAAAACAUAUUUUUAAUCAUUCAAAACCAACUUUGAUGAUAUGAAAAUUGCAUUUAAAAGUGUAAAAUUAAAUAUUAAAUUCAUUUGGAAUGAUUAACGACAUGUUAUGAAGUAAUUUUAAGCAUGUCAAAAGUGAUUUUAACAAUUUCAAAAUCACUUCCAAGCUUGCAGUCUUUGUGUUCUUUGAAGUUCAGCUAAUAGAUCUUGAAUUAUGUAGUUCAUGAGUUGAGUUGCAUGGCAAGAACAUUCAAGUAGGAAUCAUCUUAUCUUGUGGGUUUUUUUUUUUUUGGGUUAAAGAAACAACCUUUCAAUGAGAUUUUUUUUUUUUUUUUGAAAAGGAAACUAGUCUCUUUAUUCAUUAAGAAAAUGAAAUGAGACUAAUGCUCAAAAUACAUGGAUACCAAAAGGAUCGGCAGGUGCACCAGGACAUCUCAACUAGGUUGACACCCCCUUAGCACCCCAUCACUUCCGAAUACUAGUAGCAAAUGAAAAUACAUGGUUUCAAAACAUUACAUUGAGAGACAAACUGCAAAUGGGGACAAAAUAAGAGCUAGACAAUCUGAGAAUAAAAUAAACCAAUGGAAGCUAAAAGUCCUUUGGAAGGGAGGCUUCAAAAUGCCAGAGAAAGAAAGGCGUGCCAAUUCAAGUUGAUUUCCUGACUAGAGUAGUCUGCGAAGGGGCUUGUGAGAGAGCACCAAAGUGAGGCUUUAAGCUUGGCUGCUUCAAACCUUGUAAACCAUGGAGUUUCCUUGUCUUGGAGGACUCUUUGGUUCCGUUCAAACCACAACUCAUAUAACACUGCCUUUACAGCACUGACCCACAAAAUUUGAUGAGAUUUCUUGAGGCUUGGACCUAUUAACAGCUGCUGAACAUUAUCUCUAAAUGCUGUCCCAAAAGCCCAACUUAAAUUAAAGAUCUUGAAGAGUGAUACCCAGCAGUUUUGAGCAUAAAUGCAAUCGAAAAGAAGGUGUUGGAGAACCUCCCAAUUUCUUUUACACAAAGCACAUCUAUUGGGAGAAAUGUAAUGGGAGGCAAGCUUCUUUUGCAGCAGACUUGAACAGUUUAGAGUUCCAAAAAUCAUUAUCCAAAGGACUAUAUUUAUUCUCCUCGAACUUUUAUACUUCCAAAGAGCUUGACUUAAGAGUUUAUCAAUUGGAGGGGCUUUGCCCAAAGUAACCAAAGAAACCAGCCCAAGAAAGAAAAAAUGUCUCAAGAGCUUGAUCUUAAGGUGAUCUAUGUCCUACCUGAUAAGUAGGGUAGGUGAUGUAUCAGUUAUAAGAAUGUUUACUUAAUUAUGUUUAGUUAGUUAAUUUUUAGGUGCUGUAACUAAUAGACCUUAACCAACUACCUUUUAUUUACAGGUAGUCUUUGUAAAAAAGUUAAUUUUUAACCCAUGCCUAUAAAUAAUAGGUUGGGUCAGUAUUUUGGAGAUAAUAAAAUCAUUUGAGAGUUUUUUCUAUCAUUUGGUUUUACAUCAUUUAAUAUCAGAGCAGAAUUCUGGGAGCUGAUGGCAGGGAAUAAGCCUACCAAUGGCAAUGAUUCCAAAGCCACAGACAAUGAAGCGGGGAGUUCACAGCCCAAUCACCAAGAACUUUAACGAGACGCAUGCAGUCCAUGGAAGAAUCCCAAAGAAUGAUGGAAAGACUGAUGACAAAAGUUGAUGAAAUCGCAGGGGAGCUACAAAUGAUUAGACAACAACCACAAAACCAAGAAAAUUCUAUGCAAGAAUCAACAAUCCCCCUCAAGAAAGGCAAAACCCCAAUGUUCGACUUGGAAAUAAACCAAGAAACAUUCAAGAUUGGCCUGCAUUACAACAAGAACGACCAAGAAUGCUUAAUUUCCAGAGAAGAAAACAGCAGUACAACGACUCUUCAACCGAAGAAGAAGGAGAAAAUGAAGAACACCUAUGGCGUUGGAGGGUUGGGGGACACCAACAUCAAGAACAAAAUGAAUAUAGAGUAAAAUUAGAUAUUUCCACGUUAAUGGGAAAAGAGACAUAGAAGACUUCUUGGAGUGGAUCAAGAAUGUCAAAAGCUUCUUCAAAUAUGCUAAUACUCCAAAACAUAAGAAAGUUCAGCUGGUGGCUUUGAAAUUUUGUGGUGGUGCUUCAGCUUGGUGGGAACAAUUGGAAGUAAAUAGGUAAUGAAACGGGAACAAUCCAAUAACAAGUUGGGAGAGGUUGAAACGGCUAAUGAAGGACAGAUUCUUGCCUACCAAUUAUAAGCAGAUUCUGUAUAAUCAGUAUCAAAACUUGUGUCAGGGACCAAGAUUUGAGCCGACUACAUGGAAGAUUUUCAUCGGCUAGGUGCAUGAACUAAUCUACUUGAAAAUGAGCAACACCUCAUUGCAAGAUUCAUUGAAGGGCUGCGUGCAGACAUUAAAGAAAAGGUCAAGAUUCAAUCUUUGAGCUUUCUUUUUUGUCAUUUCUUUAGCCGAGACUCUGGAAGAAAUGAAUGAUUCUCAAAAUAAGAAAAUUCAUAGAAGAAAUCAAUGGGAUUCUACGACAACUAAUGUUAGGAAAAACACUUUUCCAAUGAUAAGGACUCAAACCAACCAAUCUCAGGGGAGUACUUCGAAAUUGAAACAGGCAGAGACAUCCAACAACAAAGAUCAAAGUCAAGGUGAAAAUACAAAGAAGCAAACUAAUCCUUAUGAUCGUCCAACUUUUGGAAAGUGCUUUAGAUGUGGAAAAACAGAGCAUUUGUCCAAUAACUGCUCAGAUCGUCGAACAAUGGCAGUGGUGGGAGAAGAAGAUGCACCCGAUUAUGCCUUAGAUGAUGAAGAAGUGGAGGAAACAAAUUUCUUGGAACUAGAUGAGGGUGACGGUGUUUCUUGUAUUAUUCAAAGAAUUUUGCUUACACCAAAGAGUGAACCAAACUCUCAACGACACUCCUUGUUCAAAACAAGAUGCACAGUAAAAGGAAAGGUUGUAAUGUCAUAAUUGACAGUGGUAGCUUCGAGAAUGUGGUUUCUAAAAAACUUGUUCAAGCCCUCAAUCUCCCAUUAGAACCACACCCGAGCCCAUAUAAAGUGAGUUGGAUUAAGAAAGGGGGAGAAGCACUGGUUUCUCACACUUGCACCAUUCAAUUAUCUAUUGGCAACAACUAUAAAGAUCAAAUAGACUACGAUGAUUUGGAAAUGGACAUCUGCCACAUCCUCCUCGGACGGCCUUGGCAAUAUGACUUGCAAGCAAUCCACAAGGACCGUGCCAACACAUGAAUUGAAAAUAGUUCUCCUUCCACUUCAUAAACCAGUCACAACAAAUGCUACAAAGGAGCCUAAAGGUCAGCUAUUUUGUGUCUUAAGUGGCAAACAAUUUAUCAGACAAAAGGAAGACAUGGUCUGGGGUUUAGUAGUGAAAGGACAUGAAGAAAUGAUUUCUACAACACCAUUACCUGCCACAAUACAACAACUAUUUGAGGAAUUUCCAAAUAUAGUAACACUCUAACUCAAUUACCCCCCUCCAUCCAGGACAUCCAACACCAAAUAGAUUUCAUUCCAAGAGCCUCUUUACCUCGCUUGACCCAUUACAAGAUGAGCCCAUGAGCCCGACAGAAUAUAAAAUCUUGCAUGAUCAUAUUCAAGAUUUACUCCACAAAGGCUUCAUCCAACCUAGUAUUAGCCCUUGCGCAGUCCCAGCAUUAUACACUAAAGAAGGAUGGUAGUUGGUGGAUGUGUGUUGAUAGCAGGGCGAUCAACAAAAUCACAAUAAAAUACAGAUUUCCAAUUCUUCAGAUUGGGGACCUUCUUGAUCAACUCAGAGGUGCUAACAUCUUUUCUAAAUUGGAUAUCCAUAGUAGUUAUCAUCAAAUUCGUAUAAAACCUAGCGAUGAAUGGAAAACCGCCUUCAAAACAAAUGAAAGUCUAUUUGAAUGGCUUGUCAUGCCAUUUGGCCUCUCAAAUGCUCCCAAUACAUUCAUGCACCUAAAGAACAAGGUUUUUCUUCCUUUCCUCAAUAAAUUUGUUCUUUAUUUUGAUGACAUACUUGUUUUUAGUAAGACUGUUCAGGAGCACUUGAAUGAUUCACACUGUUUUUUCCACUUUAUCCAAAAAUCAAUUCUACUUAAACAUAAAAAAAUGUGUCUUUUUGGUGCAUAAAAUUUAUUUUCUAGGAUUUACAAUAGGAAAGAACGGAAUCUAAGUUGAUCCAAAGAAGGUAGAAGCCAUUUCUAGUUGGCCAACACCAUCAACAAUUAAAAAAAUCCAAUCUUCCUUAGGUCUAGCAUCCUUCUAUAGGAAAUUCAUUAAAAAUUUUAGCAGUGUGAAAGCUCCCUUAACAGAUUGCUUACGCAAAAAUAACUUCAAAUGGGGCACAGAACAGGCAUAUAGUUUAAGAAAAUCAAACACCUCUUAAGCCAUAGUCUUGUGCUCAAACUCCCCGACUUUACCAUACCUUUUCAAGUGGCAAUCGACGUAUGUAGCAUAGGAAUAGUGCAGCUUUAUCCCAAAAUGGUCACCCUAUUGAAUAUUUUAGUGAAAAACUAAGUCCUCCAGAACAAAAUUGGAGCACAUAUAAACCAGAAUUAUAUGCUCUCGUGAGAGCUCUUAAACUAUGAAAGCAUUAUUUACUCGAUAAGGAAUUUAUUUUACUAACUGACCAUUUUUCUUUGAAGUAUCUUAAAUCUCAAAAACAAAUUAGCAGAUGCAUGCUAGAUGGCUCUCGUUUCUGCAAAGGUUUGCCUUUGUUAUUCGCCACCAAGCUAGUAAAGACAACAAAGCAGCAGAUGCAUUAAGUAGAAAGGAGAACUAUUAACUAUCCUAGCUGGUGAGGUUAUUGCCUUUCACCAUAUCCCUGAUCUAUAUCCAAUUGACCCCGACUUUCAAGAGAUUUGGUACAAAUACUCUAAUAAUAUUAACUCCGGUGGCUUCCACAUUUUUUAUAAUUUUCUGUUAGAAACGGCUUGUGUAUCCCUAGUACUUCACUUCGGGAAUCUAUAAUAAAAGAUCUCCAUUCUGGAGGCCUAGUUGGUCACUUUGGUAUUUCUAAAACGAUUGACCUUCGUUCAACUCAGCUCUUUUGGCCCCAAUUAAAACAUGAUGUACAAAACUUUGUCAAAAGAUGUUUCAUUUGCCAAACUGCCAAAGGAACAUCUACUAAUGCCGGUCUCUACACACCUUUACCCACUCAAACUUCUAUAUGGGAGGAUUUGUCUAUGGACUUUGUCCUUGGACUACCAAAAACUCAAAAGGGACAUGAUUCGGUAAUGUUAGAUGUAGAUAGCUUCAGUAAAAUGAGUCACUUUAUACCGUGUAAAAAAUCUCAUGAUGUUGUAUACAUAGCUAACUUAUUUUUCUGGGACAUAGCUCGACUUCAUGGCAUCCCAAAAACUAUCGUUUCAGAUAGGAAUGUAAAAAUUCUUAGUCAUUUUUGGAAAACACUUCGGCGAAAGUUCCAUACUUCCCUUAAAUACAACACUACCAGUCACCCUCAAACAGACGGUCAAACAGAGGUUACUAAUUGGACUUUGGGCAAUUUAAUAUGCUACCUAUGUAGAGAACAUCCAAAACAAUGGGAUUUAGUGCUUGCACAAGCUGAAUUUUCCUAAGAACAGAUUUAUAGGGAAGUGUCCAUUUGAAAUUGUAUAUAUUAAACUUCCCUCUUUAACUAUUGAUCUCGCUCAACUUCCUUCUGUUGGUCUUAACAGCAAUGUUGAAGAGAUGGCUGACAAGAUUAUCCAACUCCAUCAAGAAGUACAAGCAAACAUCAAGAAAGCAAACACUUCAUACAAAAAGGCAGCUGACACACAUCGACGACUCCAACAAUUUCAAAUAGGGGAUUUGGUUAUGGUUCAUCUUCGAAAAAACAGAUUCCCAGUUGGCACCUAUAAUAACCUAAAAAAUAGAAAGCUCAGUCCUUUCAAAGUCCUUCGAGCGUAUGGUUCUAAUGCCUAUCAUUUGAAAUUGCCUUUAGAUUUACACAUCAAUCCAGUGUUCAAUGUAGCAGACUUGCAUCCCUAUCAUGCCCCAGAUGACUUUCACUUGGCAACUUAAAACGAUAGUGGAUAUGAUGAUAGUGCUAAGGGGGUGUCAACCUAGUUGAGAUGUCCCGGUGCACUUACUGAUCCUUUAAUAAUUCUUUUAGAUUCUUCUUGUUUAGGCAAGACAUUCUUCUUGUUUAGGCAAGACAACUCGAGGACGAGUUUUUUAUAAGGGGGUGGAAUAUGAUGUAUCAGUUAUAAGAAUGUUUAAUUAGUUUUCUUUAGUCAGUUAAUUUUUAGGUGUUGUAACUAAUAGACCUUAACCAACUACCUUUUAAUACAGGUAGUCUUUGUAAAACAGUUUGUUGUUAACCCAUGCCUGUAAAUAAUAGGUUUGGUCAAUAUUUUGGAGACAAUAAAAUCAUUUGAGAGUUUUUUCUAUCCUUUGGUUUUACACCAGUAGGAAACAAAUCAAUUUGUGGGCUUUAGUGUUUAUAAAUUAGGAGUUCACAUACAAAUGGUUCCUAAUUUCAAGUCACUAUAUUUUCAUAUCAACCAUGUUGGAGGAGUAUGAACUUUGACCAUUGAGCCAACUCAUAAUGAUUUAAGUUACUUAGAAGCUAUCAUAUCACUGAAUAUAAAAGCAAGGUUUUCAAUUAUUACUUAUUAGAUCGACCACAUCAGUAAUACUACAGCCAGUAUGACAAACAGAAGGUAACUCUCUGAAACAUACAUGCAUAUAUUUUAAUAAAAACAAUGUCACUCUAAAUAAAAGCAAUAGACUUCUCUACGCAAGUAGCAUAAUAAUAUUUUUAAAAAAUAACAAUAAAGCAUGCCGUGGAUAACAAGUUGCUUUCUAAGGGAG